GACCUCCUCCAUCUGCACAACCAGGACCUGGGGAGAGGACGCCAUGACCCCCACCCUCACGGCCCUGCUCUGCCUUGGGCUGAGUCUGGGCCCCGGGACCCGAGGGCAGCAAGGGACCCUCCCCAAGCCCACCCUGUGGGCUGAGCCAGGCUCUGUGAUCACCUGGGGGAGGCCAGUGACACUCUGGUGUGAGGGGACCCUGGAGGCCGAGGAGUACCUUCUGGAGAAAGAUGGAAGCUCAGUGCCCUGGGACAGACAGAGCCCACAGGAUCCCAGGAACAAGGCCAAGUUCCCCAUCCCAACCAUGACUGAGCACCAUGCAGGGCGAUAUCAAUGCCACUAUCACAGCCCUGCUGGCUGGUCAGAGCGCAGUGACACCCUGGAGCUGGUGGUGACAGGAUCCUACAGCAAACCCAGGCUCUCAGCCCUGCCCAGCCCUGUGGUGACCUCAGGAGGGAACGUGACCCUCCAGUGUGGCUCACGGCAGGGAUAUGGCAGGUUUGUUCUCACUAAGGAAGGAGGACACAAGCUCACCUGGACCCUGGACUCACAGCUGACCCGUGGGCAGUUCCAGGCUCAGUUCUCUGUGGGCCCUCCCAGAGCCCCGGGGGCGGGACGGCCCCCUCCAGUGCAGCCGCUGAAGAGGAACCUCCAGUUGCAACACCAGCCCAGAGGCCGUCGGCCACUGACCCCAGGCUCGGCUCUGCCCACCGGGACCAUGGCAGGUGGCACCCAGACCCCUGCUCUCACCGCCCUCCUCUGCCUGGGGCUGUGUCGGGGCCUGUGGGUCAAGAAAGAGGCAGGAACCCUCCCCAAACCCCUCAUCUGGGCUGACCCUGGCCCCAUGGUUGCCACGGGGAGCCCAGUGACCAUCUGGUGUCAGGGGUCCCUGCGGGCGGACACCUACCGUCUGUUCAAAGCUGGGGACCCUGCAUAUGACACCUGGGCCCCGUGGGACUUCAGUGACAAGGCCAGCUUCCCCCUCGGAUCCGCACACUGGGACACCGCGGGGCUGUACCACUGUGCCUAUGGCAUCUCGGGCAGCUGGUCCAGGCAGAGUGACCCCCUGCAGCUGGUGGUGACAGGAAUGUACAGCGCACCCCUCCUCUCAGCCCACCCGAGCCCCGUGGUGGCCUUGGGAGAGAAGGUGACCCUCCUGUGCAGCCUAAGGGACACGUCCGGCACGUCCUACCUGCUGAAGGAGGGAGGAGCCGCAACACCCCAGCCCAUGGCACCGAGCCUCUCUCAGGGGAGGUGGCUCAGCCUGUUCUCCCUGGACCCCGUGACCCACACCCACGGGGGCACCUACAGGUGCUACGGCUCCUCCAGCCACAAUGGCUUCCUGUGGUCACAGUCCAGCAACCCCCUGGAGCUCCAGGUCACAGGUGUGUACAGGCAACCCUCCCUCACAGCCCAGCCCGGCUCGCUGCUGCUCUCUGGGGACAGCAUGACCCUCCAGUGUCACUCGGGGUCCAGCUUCGACAGAUUUGCUCUGGUCAAGGACUCAGAGCCCACAGUGCCCCCGCACCUUGACAGGCAGCACAGUCCCGUCUUCCCCCUGGGCCCCGUGGGUCACUCCCAGGGGGGCAGAUACAGAUGCUAUGGGGGACACAGCCUCUCCUCCACGUGGUCAGCCCCCAGCGCUCCCCUGGACAUCCUGGUAGCAGGAAUGUACCAGAAACCUUCCCUGAGGGCCCACCCAGGGCCAUCAGUGGCCUGGGGGCAGAAUGUGACCCUGCAGUGUCUUUCUGAGGUCGGGCUUGACACCUUCCUCCUGUCCAAGGAGGGGUCAGGGGCUCCUCCCCAGCGCCGCCCCGGGCAGAAGAGGACUGCGCCUUCUCAAGCCAGCUUCUCGCUGAGUGCUGUGACCUUGGUCCACGGGGGCACCUACAGGUGCUACGGCUCAAACAGUGACUACCCCUACCUGCUGUCCCAGCCCAGUGAGCCCCUGGAGCUCGUGGUGGCAGGAGGCCCUGAGGAGCAGCCCCUCACCCCCAUGGACCCAGGACCCCAGAGUGGCUCCCCUCCCCAGGAUUACACAGUGGGGAACCUCAUCCGGAUGGCCAUGGCUGCCUUGGUCCUGGUGGUCCUCGGGAUCCUGCUGUUUCAGGCUCAGUAUGACCAGAGAGGGACCCAAGAUGCAGCCAGGAGGUGA